ACGCAUUAAUAAUUAUAUUUGGAUAUUUUUAAAACCAAAAUAGGUUAUGGCAUUAGUUCGCGCUGUCAACCGUGAAUAUGCUAUCUUACGAUUUUAUAGAAAAUUCCUAAAUUUUGAAUACGUUAAAUAUCUGAUAUUCGACCCGGCCGCUUUGCCCAUAAUUACGAUAUUUAUAUUGUUGUUCGAACUUAUGCUAAAUGUGUUUGUCAUAGAAAAAGUGCCAUAUACUGAAAUUGAUUGGAAGGCAUACAUGCAAGAAUGUGAAGGUUUUCUGAAUGGUACCACCAACUAUGCCUUGCUAAAGGGUGAUACUGGUCCAUUGGUUUAUCCAGCUGGCUUUGUUUAUAUAUACUCCAUCUUAUAUUACGUCACAAGCCGCGGUCAAAAUAUACAUUUAGCGCAGUAUAUUUUCGGCGUAAUCUAUUUACUGCAGCUAUGGUUGGUCUUACGUUUAUAUAGUAAAAGUCGUAAAGUACCGCCUUAUGUUUUAAUAAUCAGUGCCUUUACUUCCUAUCGUAUUCACUCCAUUUAUGUUUUACGUCUUUUUAAUGAUCCCAUAGCCAUACUAUUUUUAUAUGCUUCUCUCAAUCUUUUUGUAGAUCGUUAUUGGUUUUGGGGUAGUAUCUUUUAUAGUUUGGGUGUGAGUACCAAAAUGAAUAUACUACUUUUCUCUCCGGCUUUAUUUUUUUUCUAUUUAACAAAUGUAGGUUGGUUAAAGACUAUACAGCAAUUAUUUGUGUGUGCCGUUGUCCAACUAAUAUUGGGGGCACCGUUCCUUUUCACUUACCCGAUAGAAUAUCUGAAAAGUAGUUUCGAUAUGGGUCGUGUUUUUGAUCAUAAAUGGACUGUAAAUUAUAGAUUUUUACCUAAACCGAUAUUUGAAAACAAAUAUUUCCAUCUAACUCUAUUGGUCAUGCAUUUACUAAUGCUCUUUAUGUUUGUUAAACCAACAAUGACUUACUUUCAAAAUUACGCACGCUUAAGAGAAUUAGAAAAGCAAUUCCAACCUCAACUGGAUAAACAAAAUACAAAAAUUAGGCAAACUAAACCGAAAAAAAGCAAAAAAUCGCGUUCAAGUAAACAACAGCUGGAAUCGAAGGACGAGCUGACACGCGAUCAACAGGCAUUUAUUAAAAGCUUUGAAAAAAGUUUGCAACGAACAUCGGGUUUAAAAGAACAUAAGAAAAUUGACUCUGAAGAAAGGCUAGGCCAGCAGAAUUUGGCUAUACACUUCGAUCAGUGUACGCAAUUGGCUUUAACGCCUUUCUUCAUAACUAAUUUCAUAGGCGUCGUGUUUGCACGCUCGCUACAUUAUCAAUUCUAUGUCUGGUAUUUUCAUUCCCUGCCAUACUUGGCUUGGUCUACGCCCUACAGCUUGGGUACACGUUAUUUACUUUUGGGUUUAAUUGAAUUUUGCUGGAACACCUAUCCAAGCACUUACUUUUCAAGUGUCAUACUUCAUCUAUGCCACUUUGUACUUUUGGCCGGGUUAGGUUACAAUGUAUAUAAAACCCUUUACCAAAGUAACACAUCACAACGACAACAAGACGAGAAAACCAAUGAAAGCUUUGAUGAUAAUCAGUUAAAUCAGUUAAAUAGUUCAAUUUCUUUAGAAAAAACUAAGAAGAAAAAUAACUAA